UCAAGUGGGCCCAAGUCAUUUCAUUAAUACUGUUUUGAAAUUAAUGUAGUGUCCGUUUUACAACUGAGCAAAACCCAUUUCUGGCAACAAAUGGAACCCAAAAUUACUCAAAAUAAAUAGUCAAAUAGCUCAAGAAACGUUAAACUGAAGAUCGCACUUGUAACAGAAAAUGUUCGGCACAAACGGGAUUUUUCCUUGGGGUGUGUCACAUUCAUGUGACCGAUCACCUUUCUCAAGCAGUACCAUUUGUAUGCAAUGUCCUUCUCCAAUGCACCCAUGUGCUUGCCCCAGUAUUCGAAAACCUCCGCUAACUUUGGAACAGCACAUUGUGUGCAGACAACUUAAAAAUGAUUGGUUAGAACUUAAGCAAAUUCAGAAGACAAUAGAAAGGCGCCCACCUCACGACGAUUGCGCAUUAACAAUCAACUGGCCGGAAUGUUCGACGAAUUUAUUUGUAGAAAAUCGCGUCAACUUGCCAUUAGCACACCAUUUACGAAUGUCAUUCAAAUCUGAUGUUGAAGACACAAAGGGUCCAAUGCUGUUUACACGAAAAAGGCUGGCGUUAAAGAAAACUCCUGAUUUGCAAUGGCAACCCAAAUGGUUUAGUGGAAAUGCCAUGGAAAACGAAGAGACAUUGGAGGUGGGUGUAACAGCGGAUCUUGCGGGUAAUGGUACUUCACGUCGCGAGCGAAGAAAGAAAGACAAGAAGAAAUCGGCUUACUUACUCGCGUAUGAAUUUUCAGAUUCGUCAGUAGACGACAGCUGUGAAGAUUAUGGAGCAAUUAAUAAAUAUUGAGAGGUUACAUUACGGUGAAAUAAAAGUCUCAAUAACUCUCCAAGUGGUAAAAAAACUUUGCAGUAUACUUCUCAAAAAUAACUGAUACAUUAAACGCGUAUAACUUUA